GAGAUUGCGGGCAGCGCCUCGCGCGCCGUCGACAUGAACGACGAUGUUUUCCAAGGGUAUGGCGAUGCACAGCAGCAGGCGCAAGUGUCGCCUACACGACCGCCGAGUGUUCGCAAGCGACAGAGCAUGCACAUCACCGAGCUGGAGUCCCGUCUCGACCAACUUGUCGCAGAGAAUCGCGCUCUCCACGAGGCGAGAGAAGCGGAGGCCGGAGCACUGCACAGUGGAGCUCUCCGUAAUGGCCAGUCCCUGCAAGAAAUGCUCAAUGCACGUGAUCUGCAGCUUCGAGCCAAAGAUGCCGAGAUCAACCAGAUCAAGGCCAUGCUGCAGCCCAUGCAGGAAGAGCUGCAGAGAUUGACGGACAUGAACGCUGGUCUCACCGAAGCGAACAGGAACCUGGUCGACGACACCAAUCGUCGCUACGCCACUCUGCAGGCCGAGCACUCUCAAGCACACGAGCAAUGGCAGUCGACGGCGAAGCACCUUGAACACAUGCGCGCAGAACACGGUAGAAUCACGUCUGGCAUGCGCGACAUUGUCGAAGCCGAGAUUGCGAAUGCUCUUGCCGACAAGAACGCCGAGAUCCUGAGAUUGCGUGAACAGCUCGACAUUGCUGCCGAACAAAUCCGCGCUCUACAGCUCCAGAUCCAGGCUUCGAAAUCCAGCGACUUCCUGGUCCAGCGCGACGAGGACUACUUUGAUGGCGCUUGCCAGAAGCUGUGCCAACACGUUCAGCAAUGGGUAUUGCGCUUCUCCAAGAUGUCGGACAACCGUGUCUGCCGCUUGUCCACCGACCUCCACGACGACAAGAUUGAAGCACGCCUGGAUAAUGCCAUCCUCGAUGGCUCAGAUGUCGACAAGCUUCUUGGCGAUCGUGUGCGCCGUCGAGACGUCUUCAUGUCUGUGGUCAUGACCAUGGUCUGGGAGUAUGUUUUCACGCGCUACCUCUUUGGCAUGGACCGAGAGCAGCGACAGAAGCUGAAGACCCUGGAGAAGCUCCUGUCUGAAGUCGGACCGCCCCGUGCUGUCGCACACUGGCGUGCCACAACGCUCACGCUGCUUGCAAAGCGUCCGCAAUUUGAAGAUCAGUGCUCCCUUGACACGGAAGCAGUGGCCAACGAGGUCUUCGAAGUGUUAUGCAGACUUCUGCCUCCACCUUCUGCAUCUCGAAGUCAAUUGCUAGCAUCCCUGCUCAAGGUUCUACGCAUUGCCGUCGACCUUUCCAUCGAGAUGCGCACACAACGAGCAGAGUACAUCAUGCUGCCGCCUCUGCAGCCCGAGUACGACACCAAUGGAGACCUGGUACGCAAGGUCUAUUUCAAUGCCUCGCUCAUGAACGAGCGCUCAGGUUUCUUCAGCUCCAACGAGGAGCUUGCCGCCCAACACGCGGUCGUCAAAGUUGUCCUUUUCCCACUCGUCGUCAAAAAAGGUGAUGACGUGGGUGAAGGUGAGGAGGAGAUUGUGGUCUGCCCCGCACAAGUGCUGGUUCAGAAUGACAAUGGUAAAGGCAAGAAAGUCGUUAGGGUCAUGAGUGGUGCUAUGGAAAUCGAUGAUCCUAUUCGAAGUACCAAGAGCAGACAGAGCAACCGCAGUCUGCUUAGCGACGCUCCGGGUAGUGUUGGCUUUUGAUCAGCGAGGCGUUCGGGGGAGGGAUGAUAGGUUUUGGCAGCAUUUUAUGGGGCUUGCGAGAGAUGUGGGUAUGGAUACAGAGUACACAGACGUACACAGACGUACAUAGUUGCAUGAGCAUAAUUUUGGAUGUUUCAU